GAAAGUUAAAAUUUAUAUAUAAAACAAUUUUUGCACACUGCAGAUACUUUAAAACAACCUAUUAUUUUACAGAUUAAAGAUUUUUCUGAAAAUUCAUCAAAACUAAAUUUAUUUUCUUAGACAUAAAGAACUGCCAGACGUACGGUGACAAAAUUUGCUUGCAUGAAAUUGAGCUUAUCAUUCAAAUAAGCAAUUUCUACGGGAAAUCUCGGUAAUCGCGACAUCAAACUCAAAAUACCGUAACGGCUAAAUAGAACGUAGCAUAGUAACAAAAUUCCAUAUAAAUAUGCAGCGUAAAAAAUACACUCCUGUCAGUAGAACGCCAUCAACAUGCUUUGAAGCACAAUGUGUGAGUUUUGGGGAAAGACGGUGGAAACGACGUUCCUGAUAAUAUUGUGCUGCAACAGAGUGUCGGCCGAGUCAAGGACUCUCAAUUUUUUCCUGACCAAUGAUACUACUCCAUUGUUUCCCGUUAACCAGCAAAGCUUGAUUCCUGGCCAUUUGACGCAAGAUCAACAAACUGAACAGUCUAGGACUUAUUAUACUGUGCCAGCUGCUCCUCUAAUUCCAGCUGAUCGAUUCAUCGAUAUAUUGAGAAGAGCUUUCGAUCCAAUCAGCAUUUUAGCAUCGUUAGCUUUCCUGGCAUUUUUGAUCCAGUCCUUCGCCGCUUUGUUCGAUCGUACUAGAUCAAUUUUUCCUACGAUCAUAAGUAGUCGGCGAUCGAGCUCUGAUUACGACGAAAAUUUCUUUGACAUAGAAAAACGAGUGCUGCGUGCCUUGGAAGAAUAUGCUAGCCUCAAAAAUGAAUUAUUGGAAAGUAAAGAAGAAAAGUCCACAUCCUGAUAAUUUUAUUAAGACCUAAUAAAUAGGAUGACACCUAAUGCAAUAAUUUUUAUAGAAAUAUUUAUUAUACUUCGA